AUGGGCUGGAACAGCAGCACUUCCAUUGGUUUUGUGUUCAUCCUGGCUUUUGUCUCCAUUUUAAAAACAGCAGGUUUCUGGAACAGCAGCACUUCCAUUGUUUUAGUGCUGAUCCUGGCUUUUCUCUCCAUUUUGAAAACAGCAGGUUUCUGGAACAACGACCGAAGACAGAACUUUCCUCCAGGUCCAAGACCAUUACCUAUAAUUGGAAACCUUCUUUUGUUUGACUUGAAGAGACCCUACAGGACUUAUCUACAGCUGUCCAAAAAAUAUGGUCCAGUCUUCAGUGUUCAGAUGGGGCACAGGAAAGUUGUAGUGAUUUCUGGCUAUGAGACAGUGAAGGAAGCUCUUGUAAACCAGGCAGAUGCAUUUGCAGAGAGACCUAAAAUUCCAAUCUUUGAAGAUUUGACUAAAGGAAAUGGGGUUGUUUUUGCCCAUGGUGAAAACUGGAAGGUGAUGAGAAGGUUUACCCUCACAGCCCUGCGAGACUUUGGGAUGGGCAAAAAGGCCAUUGAGGAUCGGAUCGUGGAGGAGUACGGGCACCUGGCAGACUCUAUCGCCUCCCAGGAAGGAAAUCCCGUUGAUGCCAGCAAAAUAAUUAAUGCAGCAGUUGCUAAUAUAAUUGUGUCAAUAUUGCUUGGAAAACGAUUUGACUACAAAGACCCCAGAUUUGUGAGACUUCUAAGUAUGACCAAUGAAAACAUGAGGCUUGCUGGGAAACCUUUGGUCACGAUGUACAACAUCUUCCCAUACCUUGGAUUCCUCCUAAGGGCUAACAAGGCUCUCCUUCGAAACAGAGAUGAAUUCCACGAUUUUGUCCGAGUUACUUUUGUAGAGAACCUAAAAAACCUGGACAAAAAUGACCAAAGAAGUUUUAUUGAUGCCUUCCUGGUUAAACAGCAGGAGGAGAAAUCCACUACCAAUGGGUAUUUCCAUAAUGGCAACUUGCUAAGCUUGGUGAGCAAUUUGUUUACUGCUGGUGUUGAGACCAUUUCCACCACACUAAACUGGGGCUUUCUGCUGAUGCUAAAGUACCCUGAAAUCCAGAAAAAGGUCCAAGACGAGAUAGAGCAAGUGAUAGGGUCCAACCCCCCACGGAUCGAGCACCGAGCUCAGAUGCCAUACACAGAUGCUGUUAUCCAUGAAAUUCAGAGGUUUGCCAACAUCCUGCCACUGGAUUUGCCUCAUGAGACUGCUGCAGAUGUCACCCUCCAGGGCUAUUUCAUCCCCAAGGGAACCUACAUCAUCCCUUUACUGACCUCAGUCCUGAAAGACAAGUCGCAGUGGGAGAAACCAGACAUGUUCUACCCUGAGCACUUCCUUGAUGCCAAUGGGAAAUUUGUGAAGAAGGAUGCUUUCAUUCCUUUCUCAGCAGGGCGGAGGAUCUGUGCUGGGGAGACUCUUGCCAAAAUGGAGCUCUUCCUCUUCUUCACCAGUCUCCUGCAGAGGUUCAACUUCCUCCCUCCACCUGGAGUUUCCAACUCAGACCUGGACCUUAGCCCUGCCAUUUCAUUUAAUGUCAUCCCCAAACCCUAUAAAAUGUGUGCUGUAGCACGUUCCUAG